CAUAUCUCUCGAGCUCACGCACCACACAUCAAUCUUUGUUGCAAACACAUCAAGCAACGUCACAACUUCUUGUUCAAUCCAUACACUUCGAACACCACCACACAUCAUGCCCACCGACCCCCACCAAGGAGGUAACCUCUCCGACAUGGCCGUCACCGGCACCUCCAUCCCCAACGACGCCGGCGCCUACGAGACCCUCCCUUCAGUCCCCAACCCCGAACAAGCAUCCACCAACAACCGCACCGCCACAAACCUGGCCGGUGCAACCGACAACGCGACCGAUAUGCCCAAGUCCAGCAAAGAUAUCGGCGCGACCGGCGAAGUCAUGACGGCGACAGGCGACCAGCUUCCUGCUCAAGUGGAGAGCAAGAAUUUGCAUUUUGGAGCCAACAACCCGGCGGACAAGGGUCAUGAUAGGAGUGAUAAGCAUACUAAGCAGAAGGAGAGUGAUUUUGAGAGGUAUGCCGCUGAGUAAGGGAUGGGGUUAUGAUGGAUGAUGAAGGAUAGGCCCUGGAGGUCUGAGUCUUGUAUAUUAGAUUUAUGAAUGGAUGACUUGAAUCACACCGAG